AUGCUCUGCCAAGGCCAACCCCAAGUGGUGAUCUCCUUGGCCGCCGCCCUCAUCAUCGUCUGGAGUAUCCGCCUAUUAUUCGUACACGAUGGAAUCUCGACGUUGCUUUACCAGUUCGACGAGUCGACCGGACAACAGGUGGAGAGCGCGUUCGUCCGACAGGCCAUGAACGUCGAGUUUCCCGAACCCAUCGACUACAGGCCGAUUCAGUCAGUGUGCGCCGCCACGCAGUUCCGGCCAGGGCUCGUUUUCAGCUGCGCAGGACAGCAUGGGGGCAUCGGCAUGGUGCGCGACCAGAUUCUCAAAUGCGUGCGGUAUGCGAUACACGGCGGCGGCGCCAUCGUCGUUCCCUCGAUGCAGCUACGCAACGCCAAAGACAUCUCCGACAUUGAGACGGAGAAGCUGGUGCCUCUCGACUACUUGCUCGAUCGACAGACAUUUAUCACGCACCUGACGGAGGGAUGUCCGGGAAUGCGCAUCUACGAACGGGUGGAGGACUUUCCCCACUACGACCAGCGAGCAGGGGAGCCUCUCGAGCUGGUGGGAGACCAAUUCGAGCCGAACCAUCCUCGCGAAGGACUGGAACACCCCCGCGAAUGGCGGCGCUUCUUCGACGAAUGGCUGCACAAGCAGUCUGUGGAGAUCCGGACAGACGCCCCGGUGCACGUCAAGAUCGGACAAGCCUUCCUCGAGUAUCCCGUCCGCGACGACGGGCCGGCCUUUGUGCACGAAUACGGCAAGAUCCUCUCCUUCCGAAACGACACGCGCGAACUGGCUGCGAAGAUUCUGUAUCAGUUGAAGAAAAGGUUCGCGCUACCUAUAGAUCCGACAAGAGCGAUCAACCCCGGCGCCUACUUUGGCGCGCAUCUACGACUCGAAAAGGAUGCCAUUGAUGCAUGGCAGCCGGACGAGUGGCGUUUCUCGCGGAUGGACGACCAGUUCGAGGAGCAGUUCCAGUACAUCGAGCGCAUGGGUCUCAACGUGGUAUACGUCGCGUCCGGAAACCAGACGGUGGUCGAACUGUUCGAUCAGGCGCUCAGGAAGCGUUCCGCGGCGAAGCCCGGAGCGGGGAAUAGGCAUGUCUCCGUCGUGACGAAACGCGAUCUGCUUCAGGGGCCCGACAGGAAACUGUUGGACGAUCUCACUUUCGACCAGCAUGCCCUGAUAGACUUCCUGAUGCUUUUCAAGGCGAGCGCGUUCAUGGGUGUCGCGCACUCGAGUUUUCCCUGGACCGUGGCGCUGCGGAGGCAUGAAAUGAGCAAAUACACGACAUACGGAAACGAAGGGUCAGAUAUCCUACGGGACGAGUAUAGCAUCAUAAUGGGAAUGCAAAAGGAUUAUCCAGAAGUUGAGCCGUUUGUCUACGGUCUUUGGCCAUAG